GAGAAACCUGAGAUCAUUCAAAUAAUAACGUAUAAUGCCGUUAAUAACGCGUUUCUGUUGAUCGUCCCGGUCGGAGUAGACCUCUCAAACUCAGUCUUAAACAACCUUAACACUUUAACGGAAUUUUUGAAUUUUAAUAAUUAUAUUCGGUUCUACCCAAAUGGAAAUCUAAAUGGCACCUUUAAAAAUGUAACGUAUCAAAUGGAUGCGUUUGAGAGUGAUGAGGGAUUCAAGGCAUGGGUCUUUAUAGUUAUAUUGGCCACUUUUUUUGCUCUCG